UGAACGUACGUUCAGUCAAACAGUGUGUUUGUAAACAAUCGACUCAUUUGUCGGCAAUUUGUGUGUCUUAUCAGCGAUUGUCUCACAAUUAGACACCGAUUGAGGCAUUCAUUUGAAUCGAUAGAGUGUUAGAGUGGGUGUGAGUGAGUGAUGCCAAACGGGGGCGCAUCGGGUGGUGGGGCCAACCCUUCCGGUGCCCACAAAGGGAAGGGAGAGUGCGAUGCCAUCAAAGACGAGAAGUUGGGACUCAUGAGGGAAGUGGGCACUCAAGCCGUGUGGUCAUUGUCGUCGUGUAAGCCAGGCUUCGGUGUGGAUCAGCUCCGGGAUAACUGUCUGGAGACGUACUGGCAGUCGGACGGCCCUCAGCCACAUCUGGUGAACAUCCAGUUCCGCCGUAAGACCACAAUACAAGACGUGUGUAUUUACGCCGACUAUAAGCUGGACGAGUCAUAUACCCCUAACCGCAUAUCCGUGAGGGCCGGCAACCACUUCCACGACCUCCAGGAGGUGGAGCUCAUGGACUUGAGUGAACCCAACGGAUGGGUUGUCAUACCGUUGAAGGACUCGAAUGAGGCGCCCAUCCGAGCCUUCCUCAUACAGAUCGCUGUCCUCUCUAACCAUCAGAACGGAAGGGACACUCAUAUCAGACAAAUCAAAGUCCACUCUCCCGUCCAGAACUCCAUUGUCUCUAUACUCGACUUUCCCAUCAAUUUCACGACUGUCCAGCUCUCACAGCACUCGACCAUUAGAUAAUGUCUAUCCAUGUAUUCAUUACAAUCACUCUAUUUAUGAUUUCAUGUAAAACAAGAUUUUAUUAAAAUGAUAACCAUUUGUAUGACUGA